UAAGAACCGGGUGUCUGGCGUAACCAACAUUUCUUGAAAAAAAAAUCCUGUAUUACAGUUUUUCUCCAUUGUAGAGGACGAGACUACGAAACUAAUAGCUACAUUUGGGGUUUCAAGUAACAAGUGGAAAAUGAUGUCUGGCCUGGACCGCAAUUCCCAGCAGGGUGUUGGACCCAGACUUGUUAGUAUUGAGGUUAUGCGGAACCACUCUGAGCUCUUUAGAGCAGAAUGCAAGAGGCUAAUGCUGGAAACUGACAAAGCAUGCAAACGCAUGCAAAAUGAUGACAACAAGCAACUUGAUCAGCGGGUCAGAGACAUCCAGUUUCUGAAGAAGGAGUUGGAGCUAAAGUUGGAGGAGAUUAUUGUGGAGAUUGAUGUCCUCGUAGCGUUGCAGAGCAGAGUGGGGAAAGCCCUGGAGGCCUGCAAAGAGCCUCUGAGAGUCACUGUGGUCUGUCUGGAGGAGAGAAUGAAACGUCUCCCUUCUGAGAGGCUACACGACGAGGUGGACAGAGAGCUGCUGAAGGAAAGGGAGAUUAUUGAGGGAGUGGCUUCUCUUCUGCAGAGAGUAGUAGAGCAGAUCACUGAGCAGAUACGAUUGGACCGAUCUGCCAAGUACCAGCUGGAGCAGGAUCUGAAGGAGAAAUUUGAGGCGCAGUGCAUCGACAACUCCUGUGCCUUAUUGACAACCCAUUCCAUCAACAAACUGCAGAUCACCAAUACUGUUAUGCCGAGCUUGGCAGUGACUCCAAAGCAGUGGGAGAACAUCUCAGAUCUCAUCAUGGCCAAAGCGGAGCAGCAGAAGAUAAACUCUCUGUCCCUACGGGCCCUGGUGGAGUCUCUCCUGGAGCAGACGGCUGCUGACAUGCACAAGCAGGUCCAGGCCACAGCAGCAGCCUUUAAGCGCAACAUUCAUGAGAUCAAGUCUGCCAAGAGCCAGAUGGAGGAUCAACUGGCCAAGAUUCUGUCUGAGUUUGCCAGCCAGCAGAGGAUCAGAGAGGAUCUGCAAGUGGCCAUCGCAGGGAGUGAACAUGCUUUGAGUUUGGCCCAGGCCCGGCUGGCUUUGCGGCGCCAGAGGCCUGGCAAAGAGCAGUGCUACGAUCCAGCACAGUCCCAGCUCUUGGCCGAGGUCCAGCAGCUCACCACUCACAUCAACAAUCUGGUUGGGGCAGUGGCCAAGUCAGAGGAGGAGCAGAGGGCUCUGGAUCGCUGCCAGCUGGAGUUGCAGGAAAACAUUGAGAUGAAGGCCAGCUCUCUCUACAUUGACGAGGUCAUCUGCGCCCAGCACAAGGAGCCCAUUAUCAUACAUAACUUCUGAGGCAGUCAGCCACAGGAAAGGUAGAAAGGUCUACUGUACAUAGACCUAGAAAAGUACAUAUACCUUAAUAUAAAGGUCACUUCAAAUUAUAUUUGUGAAUCUAUUUUCUUCAGUUUAUUCACUGUGAGCGCUGUGUGACUUUCUAAAAAAUCCUCAGUAAUGGUUACACUGGUUUCCAAUCCUAAGGGUUUCUCAUGAAAAGCUUGCAUUUGACCGAAUAUACAAAUUGUUUUAUUUUAAAAGUCAGCUGUAUAAAAUAUCUCCAUAUUUCACAAGUAACCAGUGAAAAGAUGACCAGGAGCCAGUUACACCAGCUCUAAGUAAAGAUUUACACAUCACAUAAUAAUUAAAAUGGGUUGCAUACCACAAGGCAGUUCUUACCCUACGGUUGGAUAUGUUAAAAAAAAAAAAAAAAAGAAAAAUCACAUUUCA